AUGAAAUCGGGAUGUACUAUCACAACGGCAAUAGCGAUCGAUCGAGUACUGGCUUUGUAUUUUCCGCUGCUCUAUUAUCAGCGGUCAAAACGAUACUGGUCUAUUGGAGCGUUUGUGUUGGCAAUAUUUCUAGCAUUUGUCGAUUGGGUCGUGCUGCAGCUCACAGUAACUAUUCGAUCACUUCCUUACUGCAGUUCAUUUGCCUGCUUGACUAAUGAUGUUUUUCGUGCUUAUUGGGGCCUUUCAAAUAUGAUGAUGAAUCUUUUAUCGUGUCUUCUAACAAUGGCUAUUAUGAUCAGGCUGUGCAAAGGAUCAGUAACUGCCUGCGCGAAUCGUGUUUCGCUAUACAUUUUGCUCGUGUCAGCCUUAAUGGGUGUUGUACCAGGAUGCUUGAACGGCCUAGGAACAAUUGUAACUCUACCAAUUCUAGAUGAGAUCGCGUUCUUCGUCGGCAUCUGUGCCACACUGUCGGGACUCUCUCACGCAUUCAUAUUCGCGAUGGCUCAUCGAGAAAUCAGACACGCCAUUCUGAAGAAGUUCUUCCGACGGAAUGUUGAAACGAUAUCGAGUCGUGUUGAUCCGGAGUAUGUGGGACCCGGAAAUCUAUUAACCACCGUUAGGGCGCCAAGCCUUGCUACUGUCCGGAAG